AUGUCAAUAGAAAUAUCUAAAAUACCUACUGGUAGUCAGAGUGUUAAAUUCUUCUCUCAAAUGACUGAGAAAAGAAUGCUUGUAAAACGAGUUGGUUGGAUUUCAAACGAAGACCUUCAAAUAUGUAUUUCAAAAAAUUUUGUUGCACUAAUAUCUAAUACAAGUUAUGAAACAGUAGAUGUUUGGGAUUGGCAAAGUAUUGUUGGAAUUCAGCCAUCAAUUCAAAACAGUGAAGAAUUUAUUCUUGUAGUAGGAUCUACAAAACAUAAGAUGCUUUCAAAUAAUAGAAGUUAUUUAUUAUGUUUAUUAUUGCAGUAUAAAUACAAAACAAAACACCAAGAAUUUACAACAUUUAGUGCCAAAAAAAUUAAAGUUAAUAAACAGUCAAUUGAUAUAUGUAUUCAAAUUCAACCUUAUGGAAUUAUUGAAAUGUCAAACAAGCCUGGAAAGAAAGAAAAAAUCAUUUUACUAACAGAUAUUAUUAGAAUUAUACCAUUAGAUGAUAGUCAGUCUAUUGCAUUAGUUUUUGAUGGGAAUCAAUUUAUAAUUUAUUCUUUUUCUGAUAGAAGGAAAUUUGCUGCAGAAAUUCUAACGAGAUGUAAACAAAUUGGAAUUAAAAUGUCUGUUGGAAAUGAGUUAUCAAUUGAGAAUUUAUUUAAGUCAUCAAAUAUAAGAAAAGUUGAACAAGAAGACGGUGGUUCUUUAGUAGAACUAAAAGCUUCACAUGGACCUGGAAAGACAGAAAGAAUUAUUUGUUUUACUGAAAAAUGGUUUGUUGAAAGAGAUGCAUCUUCUUAUACUGUUAAGUAUGCAAGAGCAUUAAAUGAUGUUAUUCAUAUCUUAAGAGGUCGUGAUGCUAUGGAGGUGGUUGUUACUUUUGCAGAUGGAAAUCAAAGAGUAUAUUAUACUAGUCAAAGAGAAGCAUUUAUUGCUACACUAUUCGAUUGUUCAUUAGCAGCUAAAGCUGAUCCUAUUAUUUCUGAUAUCCCAAGAUUUGGUUCAUUAAUUAUUGAAAAAAUGACAGCAAGUGAAUGUGGACAAAGUGAACUUACUUUGUUAAAGAAUAUUGCUAACUUUGAUCCAACAAAAAUUACUGGAAUUGAACCAGUGGAAUUGUUUAUGAUUCAUGUUUUCUUAUUAAAUAAUAAUAUGCCACCUUCUGGACCACAAUUUGCUGAAGCUAGUCGUUCAAAAUUAAUUAUACAAGCAUUAGAAAAAUUAUUAACAAUAGGAAAACCUGGAGAAGGAUUUUUACAAUGUCUACAUAGAUUAUUAUCAACUAGAAUUGGAUAUGAGUCAUUUGUAGAGAAUAAGCGUAUAACAGAAAAAGUAACAGAAGUAAUUGGAAUGGCACUUCAAAGUGUUAAACCAAUUGUAUUAUUUUGGGCAUUAAGAAUUACAUCAAUCUUAUUAUGCUCUAGUGCUGACGAAAAUAUUGAAAAAAAAGGUAAAUUAGAAGUUAUGACACAUGGAAUUCCUGAGAGAAUCUUUGCUACAUUAGUUGGUAAUAUUAAAAAAGGAUCUCCCCUUGUCAUCCAUGGUUGUGUUACAGCUUUUAAGUAUAUUGUUUGUGAACCAUAUUCUUAUACCACAGAAUUUAAUAUGUUCAAUAGAAUGAUGAAUAUAAUUAGUGGAUUAGGAAGAGAUGUAUUUAUGCUUUUUCAAUCACCAUGUAUUUCUAUUCCACACAUUGCUGGACAAAUACUGAGAGCGCUAGUUGAAGAAACAGAUAUGGAUGAACGAAUUAAAGAAUUACAAGACUAUGCGUUAUUAGAAGGAACAACCUUAAAAUACCUUCAAAUAGCAUGUUUUUCAACACCCAAAACUACAACACAAUUACUUCAAAAACAUUUAGCCUUACAUUUACUUGAUGUUUUCACGGCUGAUCAUAAAGAGAGUGAAAGUGUAUUAAAAAGAACAAUUCCUAGUGCAUUAUUAUCUUAUCUUGAUUCUCCUGACCAACCACCAGAAAAAUUAGAUAUUACUGAUGAUGAAAGACAACACCCAAGACAUCAGAUGAGUACUGUGGCAUCAUUUUGGAAGAAAUGGAAUGUUAGAAGAAGCACAAAUGAAAAUGAAAUUAGAACAAGACAAAAAAGAGUCAUUAAACAAAAAAGAAACUGGGGAAUGUUAGUUUUCCAACUCCACCAACAACAUCGACGUGCAGAUUUAAUUUGGAACCACCAAACAAGAGAAGAAUUAAAAGAAGCAAUAGACAAUGAAAUUAGACAAUUAAAGAAAGAUCAAGAAGAAGGAGAAGUUGCGUGGAAUUAUCGAGAAUUUAUUGUAGAAUAUCAUUCAUUAGAUAAUGAAGUAUGUGUUGAUGGAUGUUUUAUAAAAUGUUUAUUAGAAAAAGGAGAAAUUACAUUAAGUGACCCAAGAGAUUUCUUUGAUACAUUAUAUCAUAGAUGUUUAUUUGAAACAAAUAGAGAAUUACAAGCAUUAGCAAUUCAAUCUAUGAGUGUAAUAUAUAGAAAAUUUAAUAAAGAAAUUGGAGCAUUUAAAGAUAUUUCACAUAUUGUUUCAAUGUUAAGAAUGACAAGGUCAUUACUAUUAAGAGACCGAUUAAUUGAAUUGCUUGAUUCAUUACUUAAAGUAGAAAUUAAUGCAAGAACAUUUAUUGAUGUUGGAGGAAUUGAUUUAUAUGUUGAUUUAUUAAUCCUUGUUCAUCUUCAUGCAGACCAUGCUAUUAUUCCAUUACAAACAAAUUUAUUAACAGCAGGAACAACAAUAGGAGAAUGGUAUUAUGUAGAAAUUAAUAAUAAUAAGAAAGAGAAAAAAGGACCAGUAUCUCUUGAUAAAUUAAAAGAAUUACUUAAUCAAAAUAUUAUUCAAGAAACAACAAUGGUUUGGGCACAAGGAAUGGAAGAUUGGAAAAUAUUAAAAGAUAUUACAGUGUUAAAAUGGGCAUUAUUAACAGAAGAUACAGGAAUAUUAACACCAAUUGAAUUAUGUCAAUCUAUUUCUAAAACAUUAGAAGAUUUAGUUACAAUGUAUCCAUCACGUGAUAUGCAUGGUAUUUUAUUAAGACCAAUUCCAAGAGCUAAAAGAAUAUUAUCAUCACCAAGACAUCUUCCACAUAUAGUUCAGUUAUUAUUAACAGCAGCACCAACAAUAGUUGAUACUGCAGCAAGAUUACUUAAAAAUUUAUUAGAAGAUAAUCCAACAGCACAACCAAAAUUUUAUUUAACAGGAGUAUUUUAUUUUGCAUUAAUGUACUCAGGAAGUAAUUUAAAAGAAAUAUCAAGGUUAUUAUAUGCUACUCAUAGACAACAAAAAAUAGGAGAAGCUGUUGAAUUAUCAGUAUUAAAACCACUUAUUCCACCAUCAUUAAUAACAGUACUUGAUAGGUCUCCUGAAGAAUUUUCAGCACGACUUGUUGGAGAAGUUGCUACCCCAGAAAUUAGAUGGAGUAGUUCAAUGAGAAGUUAUUUAAUAGAUAGUAUUUCACAACAUAUUGGAGAUUUUGCAUUUAGAUUAACAUGUAAUCCAUUAGCAGUAUAUUCACAUGUACCAAUUCCACCUAUUGUAUAUGAAGAAUUAAAGGGAGAGUUAUAUUGUGGGAGAGUAUAUCUUAAACAAUUAUGUGAUGAAGAAAAAUAUCCCGAUUAUGUUAUUAAUGAUCCAGUUGGAUUAUUACAAGCAAUAUUACAUGCAUGGGUUGAUGUAGCAGAAGCACCAAAGAAGAUGUCAACAAGUGAGGCAUGUCAAAUUCUUGGAGUAGAAACAGCAGAUGAUAAACAAAAAUUAAGAAAGGCAUAUUAUAAAUUAGCACAAAAAUAUCAUCCAGAUAGAAAUCCAGAAGGAAGAGAAAUGUUUGAGAAAGUAAAUGAUGCAUAUAAUCAACUUAUUGAAAUGGGACCAGACAAUUCAAAUGAAAAAUCGGAAAUUAUUAUUCAUUCACAAUGUAUUCUUUAUGAAAGAUGUGGAGAAAUAUUAUCACCAUAUAAAUAUGCGGGAUAUUCUUUACUUAUCCCAGCUCUUCAAGACACCCAAUUAAGAGGCAGAGCAUUACAAUUAGUUUAUUUAACCAUUAGAUCCUCUACAUUAAAUGUUCAAGAAUUAGCAAGACUAAAAGGAUUACAAACAUUAUUGUCUAUGUUAGAUGGAUUAUGUGGACAAAUCACAGAAGGAAAAGUACUUGCUAUUAGAUAUAUUCUUAGGGCUAUGGCAGUUGCAUCUAAAUUUACAGAGUCAUUAGCAGAAAUUAAAAAAAGUAAUACAAUAUUGUCUAAUAUUAAGAUGUGUCUUGGAAGUGACUUACUUGGAGUUGUAGAAGCAUCACUAGAAUGUAUAACAUGUUUCUCAAAGGAUGAAGAAAUAAGAAAUGAUAUGUAUAAUAGAAAUUAUCUUGGAUAUUUAAUUCACAGAAUAUUAUCAUAUGACCCAACACUUGAAGAAGCAGAACAAGAAAGUAUUCAUCAAAUGAAAAAUGCUAUUGCUGGAAUGUCAUUAUUAGCAAUGAAAGAGUUAGUUAAAAUCCAAGAAAAUACAGAAGAAACAAAAGCAGUGUUUGCAUUAUUUACACCACAACUUGGACUACGAAUUAGACAUGGUAGUGUUGGGGAAACACUCAGUUUAAUUACAUCUACAACACAAACACCAUACUUAUUAUGGACAAACAAAACAAGACAUGAAUUAAUUGAUUAUAUUGAUGCACACUUAAAUGGAACAAUGGAAUGGACACCAAAAGAAUAUGAACUAUUUAGAUUCCCAUCAUUACAAAAUGAAUUAGUUCUUGGUGGGGUUUAUAUUAGACUCUUUAAUGAACAAAUAAGAACAUGUGAACCACUACCAGAUCCUAUUAUUUUCCUAAGAGCAUGUAUGUCAAGAAUUGAUCUUAAUGGUAAAUGGCUUCAAGAAAAAGUUAUUGCUGUUGCAAAUGUACUAGAACAAUACCAAAUUGCUACUGAAUUUUGUGAAGACCCUGAAUUACUUGAUUCUUUGUUUAGCUUAUUAAAAGAAGAACCAGAUGACCUUCUUGUUCAGUCAUCAACACUGAGAUGUGUCAAGAGACUAUUAAGUACAACGGCUUGUGUUGAAGUUGUUGCUAAAUCUAAAGUAUUAUCUAAAUUCCUUGUGUUAUUAUAUCCGUCUCAGUAUCUUGAAGAUAUUGUGCCAUUAGCACAGUCAUUAUUCUCAGUAACAACAGGAUUACAACAAGGAAUAGUUAAAGGAGGACUACUUUAUCUUUUAAAUCAUUUUGUUAAUGACAGUGAACUUGAAAGAAGAGUUCUUGUAUCUCAACUAAUUGGUAAAAUGUCUACUACGCCAGGUAUUGGACCUAAAGUCACACUUUCACUUGCUAAAUUCUUCCCAAGUGCAAUUAUUAAUACGAUGAAAAUGGAUGCAAGAGGAGCAGUUAUUUUACUAGAUUCAACUACAGAAACACCAGAAUUAAUUUGGAAUUCAGAAAUGAAAAAUGGUGUUGGAGAUUUCAUUAACAAAAUGGCUGAGUCAUUCCAUGCAAAACAACUUUCUAACCCAAUGGUUAAAUGGCAAGUUCCAGAUACUUUUGCAUUUAAAUAUACAGAACUUGAAAAUGAAUUAUGUAUUGGAGGUGUAUUUAUUAGAAUCUUCAACCAAAAUCCUACAUGUCCACUUAAUAAUCCAAAUGGAUUUAGUGAUGGAUUAUUUAAUAAGUAUCAAGAAGCUGCCAGACAACGAGAUGUUACUUUAAUGAAUGCACUUGCUAAAACAAUUGCAGUGUUUUAUACUAAUCAGCCACAAUGUUUAGAUUAUAUAGCUACAUCAGGUCAUUUAUCUAAAAUUAUUGAAUUACUACAAACACAACCAGAUGAAACGUUGUUUAUAAUUCUACAAGUUAUUGUUACAAAUUCAUUAUGUAAAGAACGGUUAAUAGAUAAUAAUGCAGUUCCAUUAAUUGUCCUUUGUUUAACUAAAAUACCUGAACACGCACAAAUUGUAGCUAAUGUUUUUAGAUCAAUGACGUCUGGAGUUGGAUGUAAAGGAGUAUUAUGUUAUGUCCCAAAACUUUGCAACGAAGAUGUCCAAAGUGCGAUCUUUACCGUAUUGAAAGGUUCAUUAGAUGACACUCUUGGAUCAUCUGCACCAGAAAUCAAAGCAUUGAUAGUUGACGCUUUACAGAAUGCUUUACAAGACUCUUCUCACGCAGAAAAUCUAGACGUUGUACUGAAUGAACAUCCAGAAUGGCAACAAUAUUCCACUCAAAAACAUGGACUUUUCCUUUCUGGAGCCUCACCUAUUUCUGGGUAUAUUGCCGGACCUACUGCAUCAAGUGGUGCUGUAGGAUUAUUAAUUGUAGCAGAAGACGCAUCAAUACAUAGACCAGACGCACCACCAGAACUUAAAUAA